GUGCACCCGUCAUAGUUGUUCACCUGUCACAGUGGCUGCGCAGACUAGCGCGCGUUCUGAUAAGGGAAAGAUCUAUGCCGGAGCUUCCAAACGGACAGCCAGUGAAAGAGGAGUCUGUGGUACAUGGUGCUGUGAUCAACUUUCCAGAGGUGGUGCACUGCUGUUAGCUCUUGAAUAAGACUGGCUGAAGCCUCUCCAGAUCAGGGAUGUCUGGCUGGCUGCAGACGGGGGAGGUGUUGGUGGGAGAGGCCAGGGGCGAGGCCCCUCUCUCCAGCCCCAGGGUGAGGGGUGGUGUGAGCCCUAGGCCCUGGCGGAGCAGGGGACCGGCAGUGCCCCCCGACCCUGGAGACGGGCUCUCUGAGCUGGGCACGGGGCAGCAGGACAGGCUGGGGAAGGCCAGGGAGCUGUUUCAACUCUGUGAUAAAGAAGAGAAGGGCUUCAUCACCAAGAGGGACAUGCAGAGGCUGCAGGGAGAACUGCCUCUCUCUUCAGAGCAGCUAGAAGCAGUGUUUGAAAGUUUGGACAGAGACAGAAAUGGCUUCCUGACACCCCUGGAGUUCAACAUGGGUUUAGGGGAGAUUGUAGGCGUAGAAGAGGCUGAGUGUGAGGGAGGAGCAGAGGUGGGUAUGGACCAGCCAGACCCAGAUGAGGAAAAGUUCACACAGAUCUUGGUGGAACUGGGAGCUGAGAAAUUCUUCAAAGAUCAGUGGGAGCUGCGUGCUGUGUGGUGUGGCCUGAAGAGGGAGCGGCCGGAGCUGCUGUGUGUGCUGGAGGAUCUGCUGUCCCACACCAUCUCACACCUUCAGGACGCCCUGCAGGAGAGGGACAGCCUGGAGCAGGCACUGCGCAGGCGUGAGUGUGAUCAUGACCAGGUGGUGCGCUCCAUAUACGAGGAGAUGGACAGCCAGAUCAGGGAGGAGCGGGCCAAGCAGCUGGCUCAGGACAGUUUGCGGCAGAAUGACAAAAGCCAUGAGUUGCAGGAGAAGUUGAAGAUCAAAGAGCAGGAACUGGAAGGCAUCAUGAUGCAACAGAGAGAGCUGGAGAGCCGUGUGCGAGCACUGAGCUCGGAGCACUGCAGCACGCGGGGGCAGAACGAACAGCUGCAGAGGCAGAACUCCCACCUGCUGGAGCAGCUGGACUGCAGCAGGGCGGAGCUGCAGAGCACCCAGCUGCAGCUGGAGCAGAUCCAGAGCAGCACCGCCAGCCAGCAGAGGGGUCGAGAGAGGGAUGUGCUCCAGGUGUCCAAGAACAUGCAGAAAGAGAAGGAGAGUCUGCUAAAACAACUGGAGCUUCUCAGGGAGAUGAACCAGCGCAUGCGGGAUGAGAAGGACGCGCAGCCGACACAGAGGAGGGCUCCUAAAAUUCGGAAGCCCUUGCAGAAGCAAGGGUCAAUAAUAGGAAACUACUUAAUGGAAGACAAGGCAAUGAAGAGACAGCUCAGUGGACAGGGCGAUCAUGCCUUAGAGGAAGUGGUGUCGGAGCCUGACAGGAAGAAGCACGCAGCCAAUGAGGGCGGGGAUGAAACUGAUGGACAGCAGGAAGAGGCGUGCCAGGGACAGGAAAACGCUGUGCGAAGGUCAUCUUUUGGCCAGCCUGUGGGCACUGAUUCCCGUGCCAUGCUGAGCUGUCCCCAACGCAUCUUUAAGGUUGUGUUCCUGGGGAACUCUGGGGUGGGCAAGACCUCCUUCAUCCACCGGUACUGCAGGGGGCACUUUCCCACUCACCUGAAUGCUACUGUGGGUAUAGAUUUCCAGGUGCGCACCGUGAUGCUGGACUCCACCCCUAUCGCCCUGCAGCUGUGGGACACUGCAGGACAAGAGAGGUUCCACAGUGUUACCCAGCAGUACUUCCGCAAGGUGGAUGGAAUCCUGGCCAUGUAUGAUAUCACAACAUACUUCUCCUUCACGGCAGUGCGUGAGUGGCUGGACUCACUGCAGGGACGUGUCUCUGAGGAUGCGGUGUUGCUGCUGGUCGGUAACAAGGCCGAGGUCUCGGAGGGGAGCGAGCGGGAGGUGACUGCCAGAGAGGGACGCCGCCUGGCGGAGGAGUACCAGGCGGUGUUCUAUGAGUGCAGUGCUAAGACUGGGUUUAACGUUGAGGAGCCGAUGACACACCUGGCAAGGCUGCUUGCAACCCUGCAGGAUCAGCAGUGCGAGAGCGCCCUCUCUCUGGCUGAUGACUGCAACAACAGCAGGACCUGCUGCAAGUAGAGAAGGACAGACCCACGCUGGACCGUACAGCAACAACCGUACAACAUCAACCAUACAACAUCAUCCUCACAGCAACAACCAUACAACAUCAUCUGUACAGCAACAGCCAUACAACAU